ACAACCACGCUGCUUUAACACACGCUUUCAGACUCCUCGUGUCUGAGUCCGGCCUGAGCGUCAGUCGGAGCCCGUCCCGGAUCGCGGCGGACAGACAGCGGAGAGGCGGCAGCUUCACGGAAGAAGAAGAAAGAGGAAGCUCCGCAGAUGUCAUCGGUGAAGAAGAGAAACUCCAACUCCUCCGGUGGCCGGGAAGAGGACCGGCAGGUGACCGAGAGGAUGCUGUCCGCCGGCUCCAAUCCAGCUGGAACCCCGGGGAGCGACGCCCGGAGCCCCAGCAGCCUCCUGCCGGCGGACGCAGCGGAGGACGGGGUCGCCCUGAAGCGGACCAUCACCCUGACGAACGGCGUGGCCAUCAUCGUGGGUACAAUCAUCGGCUCGGGGAUCUUCGUGACGCCGACCGGCGUGUAUCGGGAAGCGGGCUCGGUGGGUAUGUCCCUGAUCGUGUGGGCGGUGUGCGGGGUGUUCUCCACGGUGGGAGCGCUGUGCUACGCGGAGCUGGGAACCACCAUCAGCAAGUCCGGGGGGGACUACGCGUACAUCCUGGAGGUGUACGGCUCCCUGCUGGCGUUCCUCAAGCUUUGGAUCGAGCUGCUCAUCAUCCGGCCCUCCUCCCAGUACAUCGUUGCCUACGUGUUCGCGACAUACCUGCUGAAGCCCAUCUUCCCGGUGUGCCCGGUACCGGAGCAAGGGGCCAAGCUGGUGGCCUGCCUCUGCAUCCUCUUGCUGACGUUUGUGAACUGCUACAGCGUGAAAGCGGCCACCAGGGUGCAGGACUUCUUUGCCGCCGCCAAGCUCCUGGCGCUCGCCCUCAUCAUCAUCAUCGGCUUCGUCAAGAUCGGCCAAGGUGGAACGGAUGAACUCCUUCCUGAAAACUCCUUUAAAGGAUCCAGUUAUGAGUUCGGUAACAUCGGCUUGGCGCUCUACAGCGGACUCUUUGCCUACGGUGGCUGGAACUACUUGAACUUUGUCACUGAAGAAAUGAUCGAGCCUUACAAAAACCUUCCUCGAGCCAUCAUCAUCUCUCUGCCCAUCGUCACCGCUGUGUACGUUCUCACCAACCUGGCCUACUUCACCACCAUCUCUCCUGAAGACAUGCUCAGCUCGGAGGCUGUCGCUGUGGACUUUGGGAACUACCACCUGGGCCCCAUGGCGUGGAUCAUCCCUGUGUUUGUGGGUCUGUCGUGUUUCGGUUCGGUCAACGGUUCGCUCUUCACAUCAUCCAGGUUAUUCUUUGUGGGGUCGCGGGAGGGUCACCUGCCCAGCCUGCUGUCCAUGAUCCACCCCACGCUGCUGACGCCGCUGCCCUCACUCAUAUUCACGUGUUUGAUGACGCUGCUCUACGCUUUCUCCAACGACAUCUUCUCCGUCAUCAACUUCUUCAGCUUCUUCAACUGGCUCUGCAUCGCCAUGGCGAUUGUGGGAAUGAUGUGGCUCCGCUACAAGAAGCCCGAGCUGGAGCGGCCGAUUAAGGUGAACAUCCUGCUGCCGGUGAGCUUCGUCCUCGCCUGCCUCUUCCUCAUCAUCGUGUCUUUCUGGAAGACGCCGAAGGAGUGCGCCAUCGGCUUCGGCAUCAUCGCCACCGGACUGCCCGUCUACUUUGUCGGCGUUUGUUGGAAGAACAAACCCAGGUGGAUGACGCGCGGCAUCUUCACGACCACCGCCUGGUGUCAAAAGGUCAUGGAGGUCGUCCCUCAGGAGUCCUAAAAGACCAUCUGCCUUUUUUUUUUUUUACUUCUAUUUUUUAUUUGGCCUCUGAUGUCA